AGCUUCAGCUGAAGAUACAGAAAUAAAACGAGGAAAGAAAAUUUAUUCAUGUAGUAUCAUCUGAACUUUCAACUUCCAAUAUUUUUCUUCGCUUCUUCGUUUUUGUGUGUUUUCAGUUGAUGACCUCAAUAACAGCGCCAUCUUCCUAAUAUCUUGAUUAAACAAAACCGUUUUAAAUUUAUAUAUUCUCCCUUCACCCUGUUUCUCAACACUUUCUCUUUUCAAGACUAAAUCUUACAUGCUUACAUAUAUAUAUAUAUCCUUACAUAUUUGUAUCUUUAAUGUAGUGUUUUCCUUUGUCCAAAGCUAUCUAUUUCUUCUUCUUCUCCUUCUCUCUCUCUCUCUCCUUAAAGUCUAAACCUUUAUUCACUUUCUGCCUGGGGAAAAUAUUCUAUUAUUUAUUUCUUUUAUUUGUUCAUUUUCUGGGACUUUGAGUUAAACAGCAACAACCAGGCUUUAUCUGCGUUGGUCUUUUUUUUUUUUUUUGUAAACUGGGAUCCUCUGCUUUAUUUUAUAUAAAUUUUCUUCUUCUUCUUAUAGUUGAAUGCAUAUGUACAAACAUACCGUACAUACACUGUUAGGGUGAAAUUAAGAUCAAAGGGGCACAUAUUAGGGGGGGGGGUGAAGAAAUUAAAGCUGCAUAAAGUUAAUUAAUUAAUUUGUAGCUAAAGAGAGAAACAAGGAAAAUGAGUGGUGGUAGGAGGAGAAAGGUGUUGAUGAGCAGGAUCUAUGGGGUUGCAUGUGGUAAAGCAUCAUUCAAGGAAGACCACUCCCAGAUUGGGGGGCCGGGAUUUUCCAGGAUUGUUUAUUGUAAUGAACCAAAUUCCUUGGAGGCGGGAACCCGUAAUUACUCUGAUAAUUAUGUCAGUACUACCAAGUAUACCGUUGCUACAUUCUUGCCCAAGUCCUUGUUCGAGCAAUUCAGGAGGGUCGCCAACUUCUUCUUUUUGGUCACUGGUAUUCUUUCCUUCACUGCUAUUGCUCCUUAUUCCGCUCUUAGUGCUAUCGUCCCUCUCAUCAUCGUUAUUGGCGCUACUAUGAUCAAAGAAGGUGUUGAGGAUUGGCGCCGACAACAGCAGGAUAUAGAGGUGAACAACAGAAAGGUAAAAGUUCAUCAAGGUGAUGGCAACUUUCAUCAUACUGAAUGGAAGAAUCUUAGAGUGGGAGAUAUUGUAAAGGUGGAGAAAGAUGAAUUCUUUCCAACAGACCUCAUCUUGCUUGCAUCCAGUUACGAGGAUGCAGUCUGUUAUGUUGAGACCAUGAACCUUGAUGGAGAAACAAAUUUGAAACUCAAACAAGCACUAGAGGUAACUUCAUCCUUACAUAAUGACUAUAACUUUCGGGACUUUAAAGCUAUUGUUAAAUGUGAGGACCCAAAUGCAAAUUUGUACUCAUUUGUUGGAACCAUGGAGUUUGAAGAGCAGCAACAUCCCCUUUCUCCUCAACAACUUCUCCUUCGAGACUCAAAACUCCGAAAUACAGAUUACAUAUAUGGGGCGGUUGUCUUCACUGGUCAUGACACGAAGGUCAUGCAAAAUGCUACAGACCCUCCUUCUAAGAGAAGCAAAAUUGAGAAGACAAUGGAUCGCGUUAUCUACUUAAUGUUUUUUAUCGUUUUUAUAAUGGGAUUUGUUGGUUCUAUUUUCUUUGGGAUUGCAACUGAAAAUGACUAUGAAGGUGGGAGGAUUAAAAGGAGAUGGUAUCUUAGACCUGAUAAUGCCGAAAUUUUUUUUGAUCCUGAAAGGGCCCCAGUUGCAGCAAUUUAUCACUUCCUAACGGCUCUUCUUCUGUAUAGCUACUUCAUCCCAAUCUCCUUGUAUGUGUCAAUAGAAAUUGUUAAAGUUCUUCAGAGCAUCUUCAUCAAUCAAGAUAGUCACAUGUAUUAUGAGGAGGCUGACAAACCAGCACAUGCCCGUACCUCUAAUUUGAAUGAAGAGCUUGGCCAAGUCGACACAAUACUUUCUGAUAAGACGGGAACACUAACUUGUAAUUCAAUGGAGUUCAUCAAGUGUUCUAUUGCUGGUACAGCUUAUGGCCGUGGUGUUACAGAGGUUGAGAGGGCUAUUUAUAGAAAGAAAGGUUCACCUGUGGUCCAUGAACCAAAUGGUCUCAACCAUAUUGAGGAUUCUGCUGAUGUAAACCCAGCCAUUAAAGGUUUUAACUUUAAGGAUGAAAGGAUCAUGAAUGGUAAUUGGGUUAAUGAGCCUCGUGCAGAUGUCAUCCAGAAGUUUUUCCGUCUGUUAGCAAUCUGUCAUACUGCAAUACCUGAAGUGGAUGAAGAGAAUGGAAAUAUUUCAUAUGAGGCGGAAUCACCUGAUGAAGCAGCAUUUGUGAUUGCAGCAAGAGUACUAGGUUUUGAAUUCCACAAUAGGACACAAACAAGCAUCUCCUUACAUGAGUUGGAUCCUGUCUCUGGAAAGAGAGUUAACAGGUUAUAUAAACUUUUGAACGUUCUAGAGUUUGACAGCUCCAGAAAACGGAUGUCUGUAAUUGUGAGAGAUGAAGAGGGAAAACUUCUUCUACUCUGCAAAGGUGCUGACAGUGUCAUGUUUGAAAGACUGGCCAAGGGUGGUCGUGACUUUGAAGAGGAUACUAGAGAGCACAUGAAUGAGUAUGCUGAUGCAGGCCUGAGGACCCUAGUCCUAGCAUAUCGUGAACUUUCAGAAAAUGAAUACGAGGUGUUUAAUGAGAAAAUGACUGAGGCAAAAAACUCAGUUAGUGCAGAUCGCGAAACCUUAAUUGAUGGAGUUGCAGAAAUGAUUGAAAGGGAUCUAAUUCUCUUAGGGGCUACGGCUGUUGAGGACAAACUCCAAAAUGGGGUCCCUGACUGCAUUGACAAACUUGCUCAAGCUGGGAUUAAGCUAUGGGUAUUGACUGGAGACAAGAUGGAGACAGCCAUCAAUAUUGGUUAUGCGUGUAGUUUGCUUAGACAAGGAAUGAAGCAGAUUAUAAUUAAUUUAGACACUCCAGAAAUCCAGUCAUUAGAGAAAACUGGUGAUAAGGAUGCCGUCAUCAAGGCGUCAAGAAAAAGUGUUAUGGAGCAGAUAGUUUCAGGAAAGUCUCAGGUGUCUGCAUUGAGUGCAAUAUCCGAGGCUUUUGCCUUAAUCAUUGAUGGGAAAUCCCUCGCUUAUGCUCUAGAGGAUGAUAUGAAGAAUAUUUUUCUAGAGCUUGCUAUUGGUUGUGCAUCUGUAAUUUGCUGCCGCUCUUCACCAAAACAAAAGGCAUUGGUUACAAGACUGGUAAAACUAGGAACUGGUAAAACAACGUUAGCCAUCGGUGAUGGCGCUAAUGAUGUGGGAAUGCUUCAAGAAGCAGAUAUUGGAAUUGGAAUCAGUGGUGUGGAAGGAAUGCAGGCAGUUAUGUCAAGUGAUGUCGCAAUUGCUCAGUUCCGAUAUUUGGAGCGCUUGCUACUUGUUCAUGGACAUUGGUGUUACAGGAGAAUUUCUUCAAUGAUAUGCUACUUUUUCUACAAGAAUAUUGCAUUUGGUUUCACAAUCUUCCUAUACGAGGCGUACACAUCGUUUUCAGCUCAACCUGCCUACAACGAUUGGUAUUUGACACUCUUUAACGUCUUCUUCUCAUCGCUUCCAGUAAUUGCUAUGGGAGUUUUUGACCAGGACGUAUCUGCACGGUUUUGUCUCAAGUUUCCUCUGUUAUACCAAGAAGGAGUGCAGAAUGUUCUCUUCAGCUGGCGGCGCAUAGUCAGCUGGAUGUUUAACGGGUUUUACAGUGCCAUAAUCAUCUUUUUCUUCUGCUCGAGAGCAUUGGAGCAGCAGGCCUUCAAUGAUGAGGGUAAAACUGCUAGUAAAGACAUUUUAGGGGGAACAAUGUACACAUGCAUUGUGUGGGUUGUGAACCUGCAGAUGGCCCUUUCAAUUAGUUACUUCACCUUGAUACAACAUAUUGUCAUCUGGGGUACCAUUGCAUUCUGGUACGUGUUCCAAUUGGCGUAUGGUGCCUUGCCUGCUAGUUUUUCCACUGAUGCCUACAGAGUGUUCGUUGAAGCUCUUGCCCCAGCUCCUUCAUACUGGUUCAUUACACUUUUUGUUGUCAUUGCGACCCUCACUCCAUACUUCUUGUACUCUGCUAUUCAGAUGCGCUUCUUUCCCAUGUAUCACGAAAUGAUACAGUGGAUAAGACAUGAGGGGCUAUCCGAUGAUCCACUCUACUGUGAAAUGGUGCGCCAAAGAUCCAUCCGCCCAACAACUGUGGGCUUCACUGCUCGGCGAGCAGCAAGCCGAAGACAAUAAGAUUAUGGAUGAGGUUAUAAGUAUUUAUCAGCUGAAUGGUUGAUUCCUGUGGAUGCUCCAAAUCUGCCUGCAUUAUAUGUAAACAUCACUACACAGCUGGGGAGACCCAUGUACAGAUUCAGUAUUUGCAUGGCAGAAUUUUACAGAGAGACAAUGCGAGCAUCCUGAUGUUGUAAAUCUUCAUUCUUUACGGUGAUCUUUGUUUUGUACCAUAAAUAAUUCCUUUUUUCGGGAGAUUUGUAACUAGUGCAGAUGUUAGAAUACUAGUUUAGGUUCUAGUUUUACAAAUAUUGCUACAGUUUCAGCUUCAUUUUUUUAUUUUUUUUCUCUGUUUAAUAAAAUAGAUUCUUUUUUUUUUGUCAUUAAA